GCAAUUGGGGGGGCAGACAAGCCCACACCAACUUACUCCUAAUACCAGCGGACACGUGGCAUCCAUCCGCAUCCCCUGCGCAUCCGUCAUGUUGCGUCGAUUCGACGGCUCACAUGAAGGCUCGACAAUCUCGGGGCAUCAUCGGCAUCACUCACACGCGCUCAAAUCCCGUGCACUGCAUAUUCAGCGGCGACUCGUAGUCGCACCAUACUUCGCCGCAUUUCUCGCCGCCCUGUGCGGCGGCUCGCUCCUGCUCGCGCCACCUGCACCGCUCUUCGCCGCUGCCGCCAGUGCCGCUAGCAGCAGCAGCAGCAGCAGCGGGAAUCCCGGCGCGGCGGGGAAUGCAGCAGCGCGACUGAGGAGCCUGUACAUGCUACCGGCCGUGGACGCGACGGGUCAGGUUCGCGCUCUAAGCGAGCUGCGCGGUACGGUGUCGCUGGUGGUGAACGUGGCCAGCGAAUGCGGACUCACCAAGAGGAACUACGAGGAGCUAUCGUUGCUGCACAAUCGCUUUGCGCCUCGCGGCUUCCAAGUGCUCGCCUUCCCCUGCAACCAGUUCAGCAACCAAGAGCCCAAGUCCAACGCUGAUAUCCUCUCCUUUGCCCGCACGAACCACUCUGCACCGUUCCGCAUCUUUGCCAAGACGCUAGUGAACGCGCCCUUGGAGUGCACGGGCACGGAGGCAGCAUGCGCGCCCAGCACCACGCGCUGCUGCCCGUCCAACAGCCUUGUGUUCGACCUGCUCAAGCAGCACUUCCCAGGCGACAUCGAGUGGAACUUUGCCAAGUUUCUGGUGGGCAAGGAUGGCAUUACCAUCCGCCGCUACGCGCCCACUGUCAACCCCCUAGACAUUGCGCCGCACAUUGAAGCAGCUCUUGCUGCUCCAUCUCCCCGCCCUCACAUCCACAGCUGGUGGGGAUUCGGCGAUGGCAAGGACGAGGGGCAUGCAGAUUUGUUGUAACCCACCCUCGUGAGGACUGGUAUAUGAUAAUGAGAACUGUUAAAAUUAUAUCAGUUAUAUAUAAUUGAUAGGCUUGUUAGUUGUUACCGAACCUUACUGUAGAAGGUACAAUCUAUCAAAUUGAGAACUGAAUGAUGACUAGUGGGAGAGUAUAGAUAGAUAUACCUAAGUAU